AUGGCCGAUUUAUCCUCGAAAAUGGCUGUUGCUCCCACGGGAGACAAUGAAGCCAAGCUGAGACUGGCUGAAGCCCAGAAAACAUACGGACGAGGCAAAGGCAACAAUGUGAAAACCGCGCGAGACAAGAAGUUGCGCUCAAACCUCAAGAGACAGGAAUACAAGCACAAGCAGGCUGUGAUGCAAGCGCAAGAUGCCGAGAUUCUACUUGAGCACACUGAAGGAUUUCUCGAACCCGAAGCCGAACUCGAACGGACAUACAAGGUUCGCCAAGAUGAGAUCAAGGCAAGCGUUGGAAUUGAGACCGCAAAGAAGGGAUUCGAAUUGAAGCUCACCGACAUGGGCCCCUACCGCAUGGACUACUCACGGAACGGACGUGAUCUGCUGCUUGCUGGACGAAAGGGACAUGUUGCGACGAUGGACUGGCGCGAAGGCAAGCUCGGUUGCGAAUUGCAGCUGAACGAAACUGUGCGGGAUGCCCGCUGGUUGCAUAACAACCAGUACUUUGCUGUUGCGCAGAAGAAGCACACCUAUAUCUACGACCACCAGGGUACUGAGAUCCACUGUCUUAGCAAGCACCUGGAGCCAUUGUUCCUCGAGUUCCUGCCCUAUCAUUUCCUCCUUGCAAGCGCUCAAAUGAGCGGUCACCUCAAAUACACCGAUACCUCGACCGGCCAAACCGUUGCCGAGCUGUCCACCCGGUUAGGCAAGCCUACAGCUCUCGCUCAGAACCCAUGGAACGCCAUUAUGCAUGUUGGACACCAGAAUGGAACUGUCACAUUAUGGUCUCCCAACUCUCAAACCCCACUUGUCAAGGCUCUUGUUCACCAGGGUCCCGUCCGGUCAAUGGCGAUGGACCGCCAGGGCCGAUAUAUGGUGUCCACAGGCCAGGACCAGAAGAUGAAUGUGUGGGAUAUCCGCAUGUACCGUGAGGUACACUCAUACUCUUGCUACCAGCCCGGCGCAUCAGUCGCCAUCAGUGACCGCGGCCUGACUGCUGUCGGCUGGGGCACCCAAAUGAGCGUCUGGCGAGGCUUGUUCGACGCCGCCACAGCUGACCAAGGCAAGGUGCAGAGCCCAUACAUGGCUUGGGGUGGAGACGGCCAGCGCAUUGAGAAUGUCCGCUGGUGCCCAUACGAAGAUGUCCUUGGUGUCGGACACGACCAAGGAUUCGCCAGCAUUAUCGUCCCCGGCGCCGGAGAGCCCAACUUCGACUCUCUGGAAGCCAACCCUUACGAGAACGUCAAGCAGCGCCAGGAGGCCGAGGUUCACUCUCUGCUUACCAAGUUGCAACCCGAUAUGAUCUCGCUCGACCCCAACAUCAUCGGAAAGCUCGACACUAUAAACGACAAGAAGGUCCAGGAAGAGCGCAGACCCGAACUGAAGGAAGACCACAUGGAGAAGCUCAAGAACCGCGGUCGUGGCCGCAACAGUGCCCUGCGCAAGUACCUUCGCAAGAAGGGAGGCCGCAACGUUAUCGACGAGAAGCGUCUCAAGGCCGAGACAUUGCGCAAGGAACAUGCCGCUCGCACGAAGGACAGACUUAAGCAGGAGCGUCAAGAUCUGGGACCAGCUCUGUCCCGGUUCGCCAAAUAA